UCUCCGUAGUAGCUGAGACUAACUCAAUACAUCCCCAAAACAUCGCGGAGUACCGUGGCAUCGUUUUCAAGCUGCACAAUGCCACCCCCAAGCUUCCCGCCCGAAGAGCUCCGGCUGAUAGUUCAAGAGGUGGCUACUCUCCUCAAAGAGCGCAAAGAAACAAUCUCAGUUGCAGAAACAGCAGCAGGCGGCCUCAUCUCUGCAGCUCUUCUGUCUUUCCCCGGCGCAUCAUCCUACUACCGUGGCGGACUAACCCUUUACACUCUCGAAUCGCGCAUUGCGUUUGCCGGUUGGACCCAAGAAUCAGUCUCUGGCUACAGCGGCCCUACACCAGCCGUUGUCUCAGGUCUAGCCGAGCACACGCGCAGCAAGUUGGGCAGCACGUAUGCUGUCAGCGAGAGUGGGACUGCAGGGCCCACGGGCGGCAGUACCAGGAACCGCACGCCGGGAUAUGUGGCUCUUGCAGUGGCACGCGAGGGUGGGGACACGGCGACGAGAGAGGCAGAGACCAAGAGCUCAGGGAGGGAAGGCAACAUGGUGGCUUUUGCGGUUGAGGCGCUCAAGCUGGUUAGGGAUGUUAUCAAAGCUGACGGCGGCAAGCUGUAAUGGUCAACAAUGGGAAAUGGACUAGACCAAGUGAGUAAUUCGUGCGAGGGCACAUUGUGUGUACCGAGGACAUGGUUGAACGGUGUACAUCUGGAUUAGCCAACGUUCUCGAUAGGGAAAACACCGUGUGAAACUGACCCUCACACUCGGAUGUGGCUCGUUUCGGUCUCGCACAUACAAUCCUUUACUGAAGGUGGUGUGCUGUAGCGACAUUACCCGAUUGAUCAGUAUCAGAUUAUUAAUCGCCCACGUCC